AUGUCAAAGCCAAUCAAGACAACGUCGUCCAAAAUCGACGCGGCUCCUACGCCGCAUAAUACGCCGGCAAGCGUUUUGACCAGCAGUUACUUGAAGAACGGUAACCCUGUGCGUGCUAUUCCAAAUACCAUCGACGAAGAAGAGAUCAAUUCUGCUUUGGCGAGCAAUCCGCAACUUUUGGCGUCUAUACAAGAAAAACUAGGCACUCUGGUCGGCCAGGACAGUGGUUACAUUGCGUCUUUGCCCCUGGUCGUACGCCAGCGCAUUUACGCGCUGAUCAAGCUGCAGCGUGACCUGUUCGAGGUCGAGCGCGAGUUCCAGCUCGAAAUGUUUGCCCUGGAGGAAAAAUACUUGCGGAAAUACGCUCCCAUACACAAGCGGCGCUUUGAGUUGGUGUCGGGCAAAGCGGACCCCACCGCGAGCGAGAUAGAGGCCGGGAAGCAGGAGAGUGGCGAUUUGGCGCCCGUAGCUGAGGAAGACCACGAGGACACCGCCGAGGAUACACAAGUUCGUGGCGUGCCUUCUUUCUGGCUCACCGCGUUCGAAAACCUGCCUAUGGUGUCCCAGACUUUGACCGACCGCGACGCGGAGGUGCUAGACUUUCUUGUCGAUGUGCGUCUGGAGUAUCUCGUAGAGGGCCAGCCGGGUUUCAGGCUAGUGUUUGUGUUCAGCGAAGAAAACCCAUUUUUUUCCAACAGAGAGCUCACGAAAGCGUACUAUUAUCAGACUGAGCUCGGGUACUCGGGUGAUUUCAUCUACGACCAUGCUGAGGGCUGCACGAUUGACUGGACCGACAACGAAUCCAAGGUCACCGUCGCGGUCGAGAAACGCAAGCAACGCAACAAGACCACCAAGCAGGUGCGUACCAUUGAGAAGAUCACGCCUGUCGAGUCGUUUUUCAACUUUUUCGACCCACCAAGAUUGCCCCAGAACGCGGCUGCCGAACAGGGCGACGACGAGGACGAAGAUGAUGAAGAGGCGGCAGCAGACUCUGAUGCGGAGGAUCUAGAGGGCCGACUCGCUUUGGACUAUGCGAUCGGAGAGGAGAUCAAGGAUAAACUCAUCCCACGCGCUGUGGAUUGGUUCACAGGCACCGCGAUGGAAUUUGAGUACGACGGCGAAGACGGCGAAGAUUUCGACGACGACGACGACGAUGACGACGAAGAUGAAGACGACGACGACGACGACGACGACGAAGACGAAGAUCAAGACGAUGACGACGAAGACGAAGACGAAGAAGACGAUUUCAAGAACGCUGCAACGUCCAAAGAACAACCUCCAGAGUGCAAACAGUCGUGA